AUGCUCCCGCACAUUACAGCUUAUAUGUCAUCCCUUGUAGAAUCUCUUGGAGAAAUUGGGUAUGUUGAUGGCAAAACCCUCUUUGGAGCCCCCUACGAUUUUCGUUAUGGCUUAGCAGCAGCAGGUCACCCCUCUCAAGUUGGUUCGAAGUUCCUUCAAGAUCUGAAAAGUCUAAUAGAAGAAGCAAGCACUUCUAAUGGUGACAAGCCAGUAAUACUUCUCUCCCACAGCUUAGGAGGCCUAUUUGUCCUUCAACUGCUUAACCGAAACCCGCUUCCCUGGCGCCAAAAGUAUAUCAAACACUUUAUUGCAUUGUCCGCGCCAUGGGGUGGCACAGUCCAGGAAAUGCUCACUUUUGCUUCGGGAAAUUCCCUCGGAGUACCCUUAGUUGAUCCAUUGUUAGUAAGAGCAGAGCAAAGGAGUUCUGAAAGUAAAUUAUGGCUCAUGCCCUCUCCUAAACUAUUUGGUCAUAAACCACUUGCUGUCACACCAAAUGUUACAUAUUCAGCAUAUGAUAUUCCCCAGUUUCUUGAAGCUAUUGGCUUCCACGAAGGAGUCCAGCCUUAUAAAUCUCGAAUUUUGCCUUUGAUGGAACAUCUACUAACUCCCGAAGUGCCUAUUACAUGUAUAAUUGGGAGUCGCGUUAGGACGCCAGAGAGUUUGUUUUAUGGGGAGUGCGGGUUUGAUAAGCUGCCGGAGAUAGUGUGUGAUUGUGCUAUUUGGUCUUUCUUUUGA